AUAAUGUACAAUGCCUAGUACCUAGGUUAGGGUACUAAUAGUACUAUCAACGAUAUUCAUGAUACAUUUCAAGUACUUCAAUGCUCUUUUUGCUCUUCAAUGUUUUAAACUCUUGAUAAACCCAAAACAUUGGCAGACACUAAAUAACUAUUUACAUCGUGCCUGCAUUAUUGAUUCAUUUUAAACUAUUGUUUGUUCUCCUUAUUCUCCUUAUUUGAUAUCCAUUUUCAUUUCCCGCUUUUUCUUAAUUCUAUCCAGUCAAGAUGUCGGCUCCGACUGAUACGAACAAGAACAACCUGACUUCUUCAGGACCAGAAUCUCCCACUACCGUGCACCCAUUUGAGAUGGACGACGAUGAUAUUCAAGACACCGGCCUCCUUGGCGAAGAGAGCGCUCAUCACACCACGACCGCCUCAACAACUACCAACCCUACUGCACCCUCGCAAGAAGCUGCACCACCCAAACCCCCUCGGCCCAUUACUGAGCAACAGAAGAAUGAGUUGAUUCUCAAGGAGGCAUUCCCAGACAUCGAAGCCACAGUUAUCAAGGCUGUCUUGAUUGCGAGCGGUGGCCAGAUUGAUCCGGCUUUCAAUGCUCUUCUAGGCAUGAGUGAUCCAGAUGCCGUCCAGAAUGAGCCCUCGCGCGAUGCCGCUCCUCCACCUCCACCUCCGCGACCAGCUGGGCCCCAAAGCCCCAUGUCGCAAAUGGAGGCCGACGAACUCUACGCUCGACAGCUUGCCCAACACUACGAUAGUGUUGGCGCUUACGAGGCGAGAACGACAACCCGGGGUCCUGGCGGCCAGUCUCGGCAUCCAGAAACAGGCCUCAAACCCAACGAGAUGUACGAUCGAGACCACAGUUUCAUCGAUGAUGACCUUCCCGUCAUUAAGGAAAACCUACGUAAAGGCUUCCUCGAGACUCAGGUUAAAGUCAAUUCUUGGUUCACCAGCUUGAAGAAGAAAAUCGAUGGAGAGUAUGAUGAGAACGAGGAUGAGUCGCAACCUUCAAAGCACCAACGUCAAGGCGGUUUGGGUAGGCGCAGUGGAGAAGGCUCACGGAGCGUGGACUACGACCGCUAUGAUGCCGACCCACAAGUUCUCGGCGAUGACUUUGCCAGGAUGCGGCUUCACCCAGAAGGAAGGCCCUCUCAAGAUCGCUCAACAAGCAAUCCCAACUUCUACCGGCCUCCCCCAGCUUCUACAUCCCCUAAGCCUGAAGGCCGUAAGGUUGCUUUCAAGGAGGGCGUAGAAGACAUCGACCAGUACGAUGCUUCACCAAAACUUCCACCGAAAGAUAGCAGUGCAACUCCUCCCCCGGGCAAGCAGAGCAAAUGGCAACCUCUGUCAACCGUCGAGCCGAGUCCGAUCACAGAUAAUGACCCGUUCAGCCUAGGAGAUAGUGAGGAUGAGAAGGAUGCGAGGAGCGGUGGAGCGAUCAAGAUGGAGGACAGCGAGAGGCUCAAGCAAGCCACAGCAGAUGCAAUGGCUGAAAGCUUAGUCAGCUCCGGAAAGAAGACUGGCGGUACUUAAGUAGUACAUAGUAUUGAGGACUAAAGGGGCUAAGAAGGGUUUAAGGAGUAAGGGGGUCAUGCGAAGAGAAUCACAUGCAUCUAGUACUACAGAGAGUGUACUACAGAGAGUUUAUGGUUCCAUUAAGUAGCGCGACUGAUUUGCAUCAUUCUGAAUCUGAUGUCAACGAUCUUCUAUUCUUCACUUGCAACCGAAAAAAGCCGGUGUGUUUCCCAAAUCCAGUUUCUAUUCCCGACGUGGUGUAAGAGCUAGAAACAGCCAUCGCAGAUUCGAAUACAGUAAUAUAUACACACACCUGGGUAGUCAUGAGCACCUGAGGUUACCUACCUAGGUAGAUAGACGUAUAUGGCUGGCUAGGAUAGCUGGCUUCAAUACGAGCUUUACGAUUAGCGAUGAUUCAAUUGGCUUCUGGGACAUUGCACCUUUCAACUAACCACAGGGCUAUUUGCGUGUGCAAGGUAGAGGUAGGUAGCACCUACAUAGCAAUACUACGCGC